GCUACAACUAAAGACAUUUCAAAAAUGACGCCUGUUAUUAUUCUCGAGUUUCUUGCUACCGCUUUUCCAGGACUUGAAUUAAAUGAAAGGGCAGAAAAAAUUAAAGUUAGACAAGCUGAACAAUUAUUUGAUACAAAAUAUACAAAAUACCGAAUUUCGAAUAUUCACAAUCCAAAAGUUAGAUUUAGAGUUUGCAAUGAAGAAAGGGAAAAUUUUAUAUCUUUUUUCGUUAAAAUUAAAAUAAAGAAAAUUGAAUUUUGAACAAUGAAAGUAAAGAAUUUUUUGAUUUAUCGGACAAAUAAAUAAAAAAUUGACUUUCUCAAUUAAAUUAUUUUUUUAUAAUUUUCAUCAUUUUUUAAGUGGAUAAAGCUUGCUAUUUUGUUUUUGAAUAAUUAAAACAUAUUUUUUAUAACAUGAAUGGACCUUGUUCUAAUUUGCAUCUUUUGGGCUAAUGUAUCUCACAGUGGAUGGAAUUCUAUUUGAGCACGGGCUUUUAUCGGGCCAGAAUUUUAUUAGAGCUUUUACGAUUCCCUCAUUUAUUCAAUUUUCCCUCAAAACACUUUUUAAAUCUUACAAUAUUUCCUCAGAACAUUAUUGAAUUUAUUCCUCUUUAGUUCUUUUAUCAACCUCUUCUUAACCUAUAAAUCAAACUUGACAUAUUUGGCCUCUCUUCACUUCCCGCCCCUUUUACUC